AUGAUUGCUUCUUACCCUGAUGCGACUAUCCUCCCACCGGGUGAUUCCUCAGAUCUCAUUCUCGUGCCGGCUUCGCGAGAGGAACGAAUUGAAACCAUUAAGUUGAACAGUGCAGUCUGGAAAGGCCGAUUCGACGUUGACACAUAUAUUGGACGUGAGGAACACCUACACCGGCAGCAAUUAAACAAAGAUGGAUUGACCAGCUGGAUUCUGGUCGACCGUCAGGAACCGGCAGGGCAGAGAACCAUUUUGAGUUCCUGCGAGACAUACAAAAAGAAAGCCAUGCUAGCGCGCGACGGGCAGGUGGACGAUGUCGCCUGCCAUGGUGUCGGCAGUGUUUACUGUCGGCCUGAAUUUAGAGGCAAAGGAUAUGCAAAGAGAAUGAUACAGGAACUGAGCAUACUAUUGGACAAGUGGCAAGACAAUAAGGCCGCCGACAGAUCACAGCUGAGCGUGUUGUACUCUGAUAUUGGGAAGAAAUUCUACGCUCGGUUUGGCUGGAGGCCAUUUCCGUCAUCCCACUUCGAAAUUUCUCCAAUUUCCCGGACAGAAUAUGAGCAAGACAUCCCCGGAGCUAACUUGCCUAAGGCCAGGACUUUGCUUGCGCAGGAUGUACAACAAUAUAUGUGUAAUGACCAGAUUCUUCAAAAGGAGCGUGAAAUUCUUCGGGCUGCUUCCCAGAAAUCUCAUGGUGCCAAGGUGGCAAUAAUCCCCGACUUUGACCACUUCAAGUGGCACUGGGCGAGAGAGGAAUACUGCGCAGAGAGGCUCUGCACCGAUCGAGAUGUACCGCAGAUCAAAGGCGCUGGGGAGGAAAACGCUCGGGUUUAUUGCACCUGGAACAGAAAUUUCGGCUCAACACCAGAGGAAAACACGUUGUAUAUUCUGCGGUGGGUGUAUGAUGAACCGACAUCGCCGGAAGAGACCGAGACGACAGUGAGGGCCAUGGCUGCAAUCCUGAGACGCGCUCAAUUUGAAGCAAACGAAUGGGACAUGGCCAAAGUUGAGUUUUGGAACCCGACUCCGUUACUGGAAAAGGCAGUUGCCAUCUUGGAUCCUGCAGCCAAGGUAGUCCACCGAGAGGAGAGUAGUAUUGCAUGCUUGAAAUUGAAUGGCACCAAACAGGGUCUAGACAAAGAUGUGGAGUGGUUCUUGAACGAGAAGUAUGCUUGGUGCUGA